AUGCAUGGUGUUUGUCAUCGAAAAGUUGGUUCCGAGUGGGAGUUUCGAUGGAAAGCCAACGUGAUCGAGUCCGACCUCGUUGAUGACAUCACGUUAGUUAGAUGUAACUAUCGAUUUCGUGGCAAAACUAGCGGUAAAUAUAUAGGAGGAAAACUUCAGAUCAACUCAAUGGCCUCAUACAAUGUUCUCAAAGCUGUAAUGAUCACCAUUCAUGGAUUAAAUUUGAUCAGUUGCGGCUGGCACCGUGACGUUCUACAUCCUCCAUAUCCCUUUCAUGUAAUCAAUGAGAUUCGCAUUGCGUUUCAAGGACGGCUUUCGUGCCGUGAGGGUCAAAUGGGGUAA